AGUGCAGCCCACCCUUCCACUGUCUGUCAGGCACAGCUCAUCCCGGACUGCUACUUGCAGAGUACUGCCAGCUCCUGUAGUGGAGGGAGAUCAAUGCUUUUCCAUUGUUUCAUGCUGAACUCCACGGCACCGACUGCAGGGAGGCAGCACCUUGCCCAGGUACAGUAGCACGUACUGCAGCUCUGAGGUCAUCGGUAAUUCCAUCCAGUGCAGAACGUAGCUGCUUGCCCAGCAAAAUGGCAUAAGCUGAUCUCUGUAUCUGCCGUUGGUAGAGGCGACCCCUCAUCGCAACAUGUCUGGACUCAACCCUUCAGCUUCGCUGCCAGUAGAAAUGGGAAAUGGCACAUUUUUGGAACUGUUCCCAACAUCCCUCUCCACCUCGGUAGAUUCAUCUCCAUCAAACCGGCUGUCGAACGUUUACGUGUACGUGUCCAUUUUCCUCAGCUUGUUAGCCUUUCUCCUCUUGUUAUUAAUUAUCGCACUUCAGAGACUGAAAAACAUCAUCUCGUCAACAUCCUCCUACCCAGAAUACACCAGUGACGCGGGCAGCUCCUUCACCAAUUUGGAAGUCUGUAGCAUUUCCUCACAGCAGUCUUCGUUUUCCAACCUUUCGUCUUAGGAAUGGGAAACAAACAAAAGCCUAAAAACAUGAUUGCAUGAGAUUUUGAAACUAAAAACCACAGAACAAGAAUAUACCUGGCUAGCUCUAUUUUUAUUAGUGGGUCUAAUAGCAUCAUUUUGGCUUUUUUUUCUUUUUCAUCUGCUUGCUUUCAUGAUGGCACUUUAUGAGCCUAUGCAGGAAUUCCCCACCCAUGGUACAACUAAUAUAGGUGUAAUUGUUAUCAUAUAAAUUCAUACAUACUGAAUUUUCUAAAACGAUAGUGUGCAUAUUUUGAAAUUGGUGUUUUAAAGGGGAAACAAAUUCAGCUUUUUGUAUAUUACUGAAACUCAUAUUUCACACCUGCAUUUAUUGGCUGAUAGAAAACAAUCAAAACUCCCCCGCUUCCUGUAAGAUACCAGCUUCCAUUUCCAGGGUGGCUUUCUCCUUUGUCCAGAACUAUCCCAGGAGGUUAAAGUGCCUGCACAGGAAUGUGUUAAUUACCAGAAAGUAAUGUAUUCUGCCCA